AUGGCCUACCCGCCCCAGUACGCGGGCGCUGCUCCCGCCGUUCCUAAUCAUAUAGCCUCCGCUCCCACCUCCCAUCAGAAUAACGACAUGCCAUCAUACGGUUCGAGUCACUCCAUGGCUAUACCCGGCGUCGAACCUCAUCAUACCGUCCCUCCUCCUCUACCACCCCCGAAAUACCCAUUCUCAGGUACCACCACCACCAUGCCUUACCCCAGCAGCCACGGCAACAACGACGAUGUGCUGCGAGGAGUCCACGAGCACUCUCGUGCUCCCUCGUCGGCCGGGAGCGCCUACGGCAGCAGCGUCGCCUCGUCAUUCCUCGACGAUCGAUCUAGGCGUCGCAAGAGCCCCACCGGCUCGCAGGACGAGGGCUAUCACAGCCUCUCCUCCAACGAAAGGUCACUCAGCUCGUUCCCCCCUCGCUUCGUCCUACACAACUCGCUAUCCUUCCAGACGGCCGCCGACGCCCACGGCAACGACAUGAAGGAGAAGCUCAACCCGCUACGGACCCUGGACAGAUCGUCGCUGUCGUCCUCCUCAUCCUUCACAAACAUCUCGGCCGACGAACUCCUAUCCCGCUGCACCAGACAUCCCCUCGAUCCCGGCGUGCUCCCGCCCAAGCUCACCACCGACUUCCCUCCCAUAUCUCCCCGGCAUGCCCCCUACGGCCGGCUGUCGAUAGACCACCGCCGACCGUCCAAGACGGGACUCGAUCUGGACCGCUCCCCCCGCUACCGAACCUACCGCAACAACAGCGACGACGCCUCGUCCCAGGGCACCUACGAUUACAUGGUCGGCGCCGACGACAUGGAGAUUGACGAGAUCCCGCCGCCCUACAAGAGGCUCCACGUCGACGACGUCUACGGCAGCAGCGGACGCAAACACGGGCCCACCAGCCCUUCGUCUACGACCGACGAGACCGGCAGCCGCCUCUCGCCCACGGCCCGCCUGGCCAGCACGGCUACGCUGCCGCCGCCUCCCCAGAUGCCGACAGCCUCGACCAUGCCGGCCCUGUCGCGAUCCGACUCGUACGUCUCAAUGUCCAUGGGCCCCUCCACGACGACGACACCGACAGUCUACGAGCAUCGCUCUCCCGGUGGCGGCGCCUACUCCCCCGGUGGCGUAUCGCCCACCUCGGGCAACUCACCCUACCCCACGCCCAUGUCGCUCAACCCCAGCCCUAGGGGGUCCAUCUCGAUGCGUGCACUGCCGUCCGCCGUGCAUACGCGGAACCAUUCCUCCGGCAACGCCGCAGCGGCACCCAAGAGGUUGCCCGAGCUGCAGAAGCCCGCCGGGGCCAAGGUGCAGUCCUUCAUAAUGUGCGAGUGCUGCCCGAAGAAGCCCAAGAGGUUCGAGACUCAGGAAGAGCUACAGGCACAUGCUUCGGAGAAGCAGUACAACUGCGCAUACUGCGGCAACCGAUUCAAGAACAAGAACGAGGCCGAGAGGCACCAGAACUCGCUGCACGUCCGACGUCACUCGUGGUCAUGCUCGGCCCUCCAGGGCUACUCCCGGGCCUUUCACGAAUCCUCGACCCGGCCAGGCGAGACGGAUGCCUGCGGGUACUGCGGCGUCAACUUUGAUCGCUCGGGCGUCGACGCCAAGGGCAACAGGGUCGCCACGGAGCAGGAUUGGGCCGAGCGGGUGCACCACCUCGACGACACGCACAAGUUUCGCGAGUGUAAUUCAUCCAAGAAGUUCUACAGGGCCGAUCACUUCAGACAGCACCUCAAGCACAGCCAUGCGGGAUCAAGCGGCAAGUGGACCAACAUGCUUGAGAAUGCAUGCAUGAUGGAGGAGGAACCCCCCACGCCUCAACGAUAG